CUCUGUUCUGCUGUUUACAGAAGGAGCCUGUGAUUCUAGACCAAAGAGCGAGUUUAUGGUCAGACUUCUCUGCGGUUCGCCUCUGUUGUGAUGGGCCAUAAAAAACCUGCACGCAGCCAGGCUAAGAAAGUUUUCUUCGGGAGCACUAGUCUAGGAACCUGCUGGAAUGGGAGAAACUAAAGCAGAUGGAACCAAAAUGGCAAACGUAGCAGAGCCCCAGGCAGUACCUGCUGUCAAUAAGAGCACUAAGAAGGCUGAGGGAAACUCUAUCUUCAGCUGGCUGAUAGUGCUGGCUCUGCUGGGUGCCUGGAUUUCUGUGGCUGUUGUUUGGUUUGACCUGGUUGAAUACAACAGCGUUGUAGGUACACUUGGAGGAGUUUAUGAUGCAGACGGUGAUGGUGACUUUGAUGUGGAGGAUGCCAAAGUUCUCUUGGGUUUGCCUGGCUGUUGUAAGGGCGGCAGCUCUAUGCACAAUAUGAACACUGAUGCUUUAGCAGAUGAGCAUUCUGAUUGGUUAAAAAGCUUCCAGGCUUUUCUCUGUGAUGCGCUGGUUCUGUGUGAGGGAGGAGAAGACGGAAAGAGUGUUGUGGAGGAGGAGAGGGCUGCUGAGGAUACUCCUGUGAACACUAAGAAAAAAGGCGCAAGUAAAAAAGCUGAAAAUCAUAAAGAAGAUGCACCUGAAAGGAGUAGAGAGCACUCUACCAGAGAAAUUGGACAAAAGCUGAAGGUCGCUCUGAAGGAGCAGCUUCGGAUGAUCCAUGAGAAGAUUGAGGCUAAAAAGAUUGCUAAGCUAGCACUGGCUGAGGUCCGCACCAUUCUGGCUCGGGAAGAAGAGGAGAGGCAGGCCAUCCUAGCUGCUAAAAAAGUUCAAGUAGAGGCUGAGGCUAAACUGCGUAAAGAAAAGGAGAGAAAAGAACUCGAAGAAAGAUUAGCCAGGGAGAAGGAGGCGAGAGUGAAAGCUGAGCAAGAACGACUUGCCAGAGAGAAAGCAGAAAAGGAAAAGGCUGAAAAAGAGAGGGUAGCAAGAGAAAAAGCAGAAAAAGAGAGAGCAGAAAAGGAGAGACUGGCUAAAGAAAAAGCUGAAAAGGAAAAGGCGGAAAGAGAAAGAUUGGCUAGAGAGCAAGCAGAGAAGGAAAGAGCCGAAAAGCUAGCAAAAGAAAAAGCAGUGAAGGAGAGAGCAGAAAGAGAAAGGUUAGCUAGAGAGCAGGAAGAAAAGGAGAAAGCUGAAAAGGAAAGACUAGCUAAAGAACAAGCGGAGAAAGAGAGAGCCGAAAAAGAAAGGCUAGCUAAAGAGCAGGCUGAGAGAGAGAGAGCAGAAAAGGAAAGAUUAGCCAAAGAAAAGGCAGAGAAAGAGAGAGCGGAAAAAGAAGGACUAGCAAAAGAAAAAGCAGAGAAAGAGAGAGCGGAAAAGGAAAGGCUAGCCAAAGAAAAGGCGGAGAAAGAGAGAGCGGAAAAGGAAAGGCUAGCCAAAGAAAAGGCGGAGAAAGAGAGAGUGGAAAAGGAAAGGCUGGCCAAAGAAAAGGCGGAAAAGGAAAGACUAGCCGAAGAACAGGCGGAAAAGGAAAGGCUAGCCAAAGAACAGGCGGAAAAGGAAAGACUAGCCAAAGAACAGGCGGAAAAGGAAAGGCUAGCCAAAGAAAUAGCGGAGAAAGAGAGAGCGGAGAAGGAAAGGCUAGCCAAGGAAAAAGCGGAGAAAGAGAGAGCGGAGAAGGAAAGGCUAGCCAAGGAAAAAGCGGAGAAAGAGAGAGCAGAAAAGGAAAGGCUAGCCAAAGAAAAAGCAGAGAAAGAGAGAGCGGAGAAGGAAAGGCUAGCCAAAGAAAAAGCGGAGAAAGAGAGAGCGGAAAAGGAAAGGCUAGCCAAGGAAAAAGCGGAGAAAGAGAGAGCGGAAAAGGAAAGGCUAGCCAAAGAAAAAGCGGAGAAAGAGAGAGCGGAGAAGGAAAGGCUGGCCAAGGAAAAAGCGGAGAAAGAGAGAGCGGAGAAGGAAAGGCUAGCCAAAGAAAAAGCGGAGAAAGAGAGAGCGGAAAAGGAAAGGCUGGCCAAGGAAAAAGCGGAGAAAGAGAGAGUGGAGAAGGAAAGGCUAGCCAAAGAAAAAGCGGAGAAAGAGAGAGCGGAAAAGGAAAGGCUAGCCAAGGAAAAAGCGGAGAAAGAGAGAGCGGAAAAGGAAAGGCUGGCCAAGGAAAAAGCGGAGAAAGAGAGAGCGGAGAAGGAAAGGCUAGCCAAGGAAAAAGCGGAGAAAGAGAGAGCGGAAAAGGAAAGGCUGGCCAAGGAAAAAGCGGAGAAAGAGAGAGUGGAGAAGGAAAGGCUAGCCAAAGAAAAAGCGGAGAAAGAGAGAGCGGAAAAGGAAAAGCUGGCCAAGGAAAAGGAAAGGCUAGCCAAGGAAAAGGCAGAGAGAGAGAGAGCGGAAAAGGAGAAGGCAGAAAAAGAAGAGAAAGAGAAGACUGAAAGACUGAAAGAGAAGAAGGAUGAAAAGAAUGGAAAAGAAGAGAAAGUAAAUACAAGGGGUCUCCUGAAAUCUUCAAUCAGGAAAAACAGGAAAUGACGGGAUUUGGAAAAGCUUGAUGAAGGAUAUUAUAAAGCUGUGUAAGGUUUGAUAUAACCUGUUUAAAUUAAAGCAAAAAGGUUUUAAACAGGCCUGGUUUAAACCUACUGAGACGUAAGACACACAGACCAAAUUUAGGUGAAUUUUCAUAUGGUAACCUAAAGACAUGAUAAGAUCAACAACAUCUUGAAAAAUACAUCCUGUAAAAUACAGUGUGUUUUGUCACAGUUGUGUUCAGGUCUUGGGUGAAGGCUUGAGCUGGUGUCAGCGUUCUCAUAGCCUGGUUUGGUUGGAGUACAGUGACCUUGGUAGUAGAGCUUUCAGGGCGGUUGUAAGGUUCUUACCAACUUUUUUGAUAAUAUUAAGCAUAUAUAAUAUAUAUUAAUAGAGAUAUCUUUUGGUUUACUGUUGUUAUGAAGUGCUUGAUGUUUCAGCCUUCAAGAAAUCAUGUCACUGAUGUCCAUUGAUGUCAAUUAUGUUAAUUAUGUUCUUUCAAAUUAAGUGAUUCAUUGAUUCAUUUUCACACAGCAGAAAGUGAUGCCUUUUAAAUAAUACCCAACUGAGCCUAUCAGUAAAAAGGGGUUUAGAAAGGAUUUUGAAACAGACACUGUGCAGAUGAGACUUUUUAGAAUUUAAAUGUUCCUUUAAAAGUGAAUAUUAAUGAGAAGUGAAAUGUUAGUUAAGUUUAUUAGAUAGUUGUUUUACUGAAUCACUUUUUGUUCUCACAGUGAACCUACUGAGGUGGUUAUUUUUUUUUUUUUAAUUUUCAACUAAAUUUCUUUUGUUUGGUUAAAUUAUUAAGUGUAUUUUCUGAGUUUCUUCUUACAUUUUCUGAUGUUUGUCUUGAUUGAACUAAAUGGAUAUUUUUUGCUGUAAUGGACACUUGAUGACUAAGACUGCAUGUAUUAUAUUUAGUAUUUUGUAGUCUAGAAUAGGAGCUUACAAGACAUGGUUGUAAAUGCAAGUUACCAACAGACAUUUAUUUAUGUGAUCUCUUGCCAUUUCAGGUUAUUUUACGAGAUUAUCGUACUGAAACAGUGUGCUAUUAUGGUGAAAAAUGCACAUUUAGCUAAAAAUACUGGCAUUAUUGUUUAAAUUUUCAGUCCUUUCCAGUUUAUGUAUAUAUAUUACAGAGCAAAAGUCAGAGGACAACCUUCAUUUAAUUAAUGUCCAUCAAAAUGACCAUUAAGUACACGUUUAUUUUCUAGGAGAUAUUUUUUCGGAUAUUAUAUGCAAGAUAAUCUACUUUCAUCAGGAAAGGAAAAGUUAAAAGAAAUAAGUUUAAAAAAAAACAAAAAAAAAAAACAGGAGUUUGUAAAACUGGAGUUCUGGUAGACCAUCAGAUAAACAGCACUUAAAGCUUUCCUCCCUGAGAGAGAGGAGAAAAUCAAGCUCCACUCUUCAGACCUGAAAAAGUCCAUCCUUCUGUCCAUCCUUGCACUGUGAGAAGACAGUUAACUGCUAUGGGUCUGAAAGGAUGUGUAGCUGUCAAGAAGUUGUUAGUGAGGAGAGUAAAUAGAAAAGAAAAUCAAACAAAAAAGCUGCUGGUGUUAAAAUUUCAACAUCAUUGAAGAUGUUUGGGUUUACUUGGAUUCUAAAAAGCAGAAAAUGCAACCAACUUCUAAGACUGAACUUUGAAGGUAUGGAAAAAUGCAGAAUUCCUUAAACAGCUGAAAGCAAGUCUCCUGAAAAGGAUGGACACUGUAGGAAAGGCAAAGGGUGAACACGUUCAUUAUUAGAUUACAUUAGUUUAGAUUCAACUUUGUCAUUGUGCAGAUACAGGUACAGAGCCAAUGAAAUCCAGUUAGCAUCUAAUUAGAACUGCAAAAUACAGUAUUAUUUAUAUAUAAAGUGCAGGAAAGUAACCAUGGUGAGCAAUGCUGUGGUUAAAAUAUGUACGAUUAAGGAUGGUAGAGUGGUAAAUAAUAUAGAUAUUGCAAGUAUAAAUAUUAUAUACAUAUAUACAGAGUUUGUGGAGAGAAUGCAAAUGUAGAAGGUAUGUACUGUGAAAGAGGCAUAUGUAAAAUUAUUGAAGAAUUGAUGUUAUAUUUAGAUGUGUAAUUUUCUGUUAAAUAUAUGUUUUUUGCUUCUUUGCCAACACUGAGAAAUGACUGACUAAAAGGGUGCUCUCUGACUUUUGUACAGUACUCCAUAUAGUUUUGGUAUUUGAUAAAUUUACCUUAAUGUACUAUCAAAAUUGUGUUUUUUGAGACUGCUGAUUUUGAGUCUAAUGUUUAUGUAAACUAUUGUUUGUACCAGGGCCGGGCUGAUAUGUUGAUUGGCUGUUAAUGUCCUGCAGAUUACAGAUGUGCCCUCACAUUACAAUAUUUAAAUGAUUUAAGAGUUUGUGAGUUUAAGAAAUUUGGCAGUUGAGAACUGAUAUCUGACAAUCCACAGUUGACAGCGGACAAUCAGAUAGCUAAAAGGAGAGUUUAGUUUUAAUCAUAAUAACAUGGUACAUGUUAUUAUCGGCUAUCAGAAAUUUUAGCUUUUUAAAAUUGGUAUCGGUUACAAAAUGUUCUUAUUCGUCAGACCUUAGUUUGUAUGUGAAUUACUUGAAGAAAACUGUAGCCAACAUGUUUUCAGAAAACAGAAUGUGAGUAGAGUAGUAUAUUUGGUCAAAAGUGAAGAUAAUGUAGUUGUUUCUAAUAAAUGUAAUCUUUCCUUAUUAAAAUAUAUUUUUAGCAACUUGA